AUGGACCCCAGCCUGUGGAACGCCCUCUUCUGCCCAGGGAACAACUCUCGUCUCCUAGACGCUCUGCUGGCUGAGUGGAUGCCUGUGGUUGACAAGGCGACUCAGCUUAUGAACAUAGUACAGGGCACUACCAACGCCAAUGUCACCGUUCCCAUGAUCCUCACUGAGUGGCAUGCACUGGCUGGCUCCUUUGUCAGCGGUGAGGUGGCCUUGAGGAACUUCAGUAAUCUGUUGGAUGCUGCCUACCUGGUGGGCUGGGUCCCUGAGAACAUCACUGCAGUGGACUGGACACAGAUUCUCAUGACAAGGGGUUUGGGGGCAUUCAUCACUGUGGGCUCUCACCUCCAGAACAGCUCAAUGUGGCCGUCUAUGGAGUCAUACUUCCACAUCGCCUACUGGAUAAUGAACUACCAGCCCAAUGUCACCGCUUCACCAAAUUGUGAGCAUGUCCAGGGCUCCUUGUCUUUCCUCCAGGCUGUCUAUGGAAACAUUGCCACAGGCGCAGUCACCCAGCUCCUCAGGUCCGACCUAGUCCUAGGGGACGACUCCAUCCCAGCCCUCCUGGAGAACUUGAUCACCAUCCUGAACAAGGACAUCACGCUGGUCUCCAACCUCAUGUCCCUGGAGCAGUUUAGCACCAACUCCGAGCUGCCCCUCUCUCUCCUGGGGGAGAUGUUAGAGGCCCUGGGCCUGAAGCCUCUGGAAGACCUGUGGACCCAGGGAGGUGGAUUCCAGGCUCCCAAUGCUUCAUCUGUGAUGGCCAUUGCCCUGAAGGUGGCCAAGGACACCCGGCAUCUAGUUACCGGGCUCCCUGUCGAGAACGCCAACAUGCCAGACCUGGCCGGGGUGGAGGCUCUGCUGAUGCAGUGGCUCUCAGUAGCUCAGGGAAACCUGACCCUGCCUCUGUCUCUCAGCAUGGGAGAUGCUCUGAUCACCUACUCUGGCUCUUUCAACUCUACCUCCCUGGCCUUCCUCAGACAGCUGCUCAAUCCUCUCACCAACCAGAGCUCAGCGGGCAUAGCAGACAACAUCCUGCGGGCCAUGGAGCGGCUGAAGACUGUGCUGGAUGCUCCUAACGGCGACUCAACGCCCAUUCUCCUGGGGUACGUGAUCCAACUACAGGAGUUGCUGGUCUCGAGUCUACAGCUACGCAGAUAUGAGCAGCUCUUGCUUCCAGAUGGGAACCUCACCACAGCUCAGGUGACAGACCUCCAUUUGGCUGUGGUGGACCUCUUCCAGCUCCUGUACGUCCAGCAGCUUAGUCAGGCUGGGGAUCAGGCUGCCCUACAGACCCUACUACAGAGACUCUCGGCCCUACUACCUCUACAGCUCCAACAGCAGUACCUUGGGAUGGUCAGCCACUUCCAGGCUGUGAUAGAGAGCUUGGUGUCAUGUACAGCGGCAGGUCAGAACUGCACGGCUGCGGUCCCACAGGUGCUCCAGAUCCUGGCAGCUAGUGGGGACCACACGUUCAGUGGGGACCAAGCUAAACCCAGCAUGCUAAGCCAGGAGUCCAUGAAAGUGACUGUCAACCUGCUUACUCUCCUCUUCGCCUGGCACGAUACCGACAUGUCUAACAAUAAGUCCGUCACGCCAGAGUCUGUCCUCAAGACCGUGGACCAGACUGCCUUCUUCCUCCAGCAGAUUACAUCGACUCCCAACAUCAGCGUAUCCUCUCUCCAGCAAGCUAUGCUACAAUCCAACCUUACCCUGGGGGAGCUGGAGAAGAUGGCUGCCCUGGCCGGCGCAACCAACGCACCAGCUCUCCUGGCUAGCAUCAUGGGCGUCAUCAACGUGCAACAAUGCCUGGAGCCCCAGCCCAACAAUACCAUCAGCAUGGCCCAGUGUGCACUGGAGCUGAGUGAGAAGGUCACUGGUUUUAUCCAUGCUCUGCCUAUACCUCCAGGAUGCCAGUCCAACUGCACAGCGCUAAUCUCCCUCCUCCCCAUCCUGGUCAACCACUCUGUGAGUAUCGGCCUUGCCGCCAGCUCUGGCCCAACCCCACUCAUACCAACAACUGAGGCUAUUACAGAUACCAUAGCCAGCAUCAGAGAGAAUCUACAGCAUCUCAACCUGGAGUCUGUGGAGCUGAUCAGUAACGAGCUCCAUGUCCUUGAGGGUUUAAUAAAACUGUCCGCAUCUGGACAGUCUCCAGUCUACUCACACAAUUCCACUGAUCCACUGAUGCAGGACUCGGGUAAUGUACAGAAAGUGUAUUUGGAGAUAGCACAGUGGUACCUGAGGAAGCUAGAGAAUGUGACCAGAACCAGUACCUUCUCAGAACUCCUGGACCCUUUCUUCCAUAUGGCAGAGAUGCAGCUGGCUCUCCAACUCUCUCAGACUGAAUUUACUAUCUUUGUUAGUAAAGAGGUUGAGUAUUUGAUGAGAAGUAUCCAAUACCCUAUCAACGGGACAGACGUGAGUAAAAUCGGCCAAUCGGUCAUUAGGAUACUCAAGGGUAACCUGGACCUGUUCAAGUUAAACAUUGCUUACCAAGCGGUUAUGGGGAACAAUUGGCUAAACUACAGCUUGAUUAAUGAGGCCGAAACCCUGAUCAAUAAUGAACUCACUGUGCUUGAGGGUUUGAUCGAACUCGCCGCCUCUGGACAUUCUCCAGUCUACUCACUCAAUUCCACUGAUACACUUAUGCAGGAUCCAAAUUACGCACAGAAAGUGUAUUUGGAGAUAGCACAGUGGUACCUGAGGAAGCUAGAGAAUGACACCAGCACCAGUGCCUUCUCAGAAAUCCUUGACCCUUUCUUCCGUAUCGCAGAGAUGCAGCUGGCUCUCCAACUCUCUCAGACAGAAUUCACCAUCUUUGUUAGUAAAGAGGUAGAGUAUUUGAUGAGAAGUAUCCACUACCCCAUCAAUGGAACAGAUGUGAGUAAAAUCGGCCAAUCGGUCAUCAGGAUACUCAAUGAAAACCUGAACCUGUUAAAGUUAAACAUUGCUUGCCAAGAGGUUUUGCAGAACUCUUUCGGGAACGUAAACUGGCUAAACCACAGCUUGUUAAGCGAGUUCGAAACCCAGAUCAGGGAGUACCUCAACCUGACACAGGAUUGGCUGAGACAGCCCCGUGUGACCCAGGUCCUGACCAAUAUGCUGCAUUGGAACAUAAGUGGUGGGAUGAUGAACGUGACUACUCCUGGGAUGGACCUCCAGCAACUUCUCAGGACUCUUGGCUCUCUCCUCACCCCAGAGCAACAGGCCUACCUCACAGCCAUCCAAAACAACAGCCAGGCUCUCAACCAGGUUCUGUUGGUGGCCAGUCAAGAAGGAGGUCUGGGUAGUGACCAGUUCAUCCAGGCAUUCAUGGAUGCUGCAAGCUCUGUCCUGAGUGGCUUCACCAUGGGCCUCACACCACAGAAUGGCACUGCAGAGAUCCAGGGUAUUCUACUGGGUGAAGAGGUCCAGAUUAUUCUUCAGGAUGCCCUCCAGCUGGCAUUCAGACCUAACAUGAGCAACGCCCAGUCACUCAACAUCACCAUGGAGAUUGUCAGGAGGGCGGAGGGCGUGGUUAGAUUGCUGGUCCCCCAGGAGGCUGUUGGGUAUCUGUUGCCAGGGUUCAGGUUCAUUAGCACCUACCUUGAGACAGUCUCCAGACCGGGCGGGCCUGAUAAGUGGAAUGAGAUCAUUGUGAACGAGCUGAAGAUGGUCCAGGGCCUCCUGGCCCCUGACAGCAGUGCCGAGGUCUAUCUCUCUAUCAUCAUCAACAUCACUCAUGUCAUCCUGGACUCCAGCCAAAGCCAAGGGACCAUAGGGUAG